GCGGUCACGCUGCGCGUUAUUCUAACAGCCAAAUUAAACAACAAAGAAGAGAACAGAUUAUUCAUUUUAAAUUAUACUAGAUAGGAGGAAAGUGAUAUAAAAAUAAGUGAACAGUUGACCUUGGGCCUUGGUGCGUCAUGUCAAGCCCAAAUAUUAACUAUCGCUCCUUGGCCGAGGAGAACGCGAAUCCGUUUCGCGAAGCACAAAUUCGCGAUGAGCCACCACAACAGCAGCAACAACAACAGAGGCAAGCAACAAUAACAAAAGCAGACGACGCAAAAUCAUUUACAGCUGCUGCGCAUUUAGACGCCAAUGACCAUGAUAACACUGUUGGCGAUGUGGAUGGGGAGGAAGAGGAGGAUUUGCACGAGCACGAGGAUACACCGCGCAACAUCAUGAUACAUAUUGUGCCCGAGACGGGCAAAGAGUCGCAUCGGUGGAAUCACAUCGAAGAUCUCGACUCGUUUUUCUCCCGCAUGUAUACGUAUCAACAGAAGCAUGGCUUUCGUGUCAUUGCGCUGGACGAACUGUUCCAGGUGCUCGAAUUUAGCUUCGUCGUUUGGCUAUUCACUUUUACGACGCAUUGCAUCAACUACGACGAGCUGUUUGGCAACUUGCCAAAUCGUACAAAGACAACACUGGACGAGGUGAUAAUACCAACGGGCGUGUGCAUCACUAAAUUUGGAUUCUUCACCUACCUGAUCAUCUUCAUAGCUGCCAUCUAUUUGGGCAUUCGAGUGCUCAAAAUGAUCUAUCACAUUACACAAUAUGCGGACAUCAAACGUUUCUAUAACACUGCCCUAGGCAUCGAGGACAGCGAUCUCGAUAAUAUCACAUGGCAUGAGGUGCAACAGCGCACCCGUCGCGUCCAGGCCGAACAACAUAUGUGCAUCGACAAGGAGCUGCUCACCGAACUGGACAUCUAUCAUCGUGUGCUACGCUUCAAGAACUAUCUGGUCGCGCUGAUGAACAAGCAGCUUCUGCCCGUGCGCUUCCACCUGCCGCUAAUUGGCGAGGUUGUUUCGCUCAGUCGUGGCAUGCUGCUCAACAUUGAUUUUAUACUCUUCCGCGGUCCGGGAUCACCGUUCCAGAACAAUUGGCAGCUACGCGAUGAAUUUGCGGUGCGCAGCAAUCAAACCGAGCUCGCCCAGCGUCUAUCAAAGCUAAUCUUCUGGGUGGCCUUGGUCAAUCUGUUGCUGUCACCUGUGAUCUUUCUGUGGCAGCUCAUCUACUUCAGCUUCUCGUAUGCGAACAUUUUGCGUAAGGAGCCAAGUGCCUUGGGAUUGCGAACCUGGUCCAACUACGGACGUCUUUAUCUGCGGCACUUCAAUGAGCUGGAUCAUGAGUUGGAUGCACGCUUGAAUCGUGCCUACGAGUAUGCGGAUCGCUACUUAAGCUCCUUCUCCUCGCCACUGGCUGCGGUGAUUGCGCGCAAUCUGCUCUUCAUUAGCGGCGGUGUUUUGCUGUUGAUCUUGGCGCUGGGCAUUUAUGAUGAGUAUGUCUUUCAGGUGGAGCAUGUACUCACAAUUAUUGCCGUGCUCACGAUCAUUGGCGUCGUCUGUCGCACAUUUAUACCCGAUGAAAAUAUGAUUUGGUGUCCCGAGCAGCUAAUGACCGCCAUUUUAGCGCAUGUCCACUACCUGCCCACGGAGUGGAAGCAACAGGCGCACACCGCGCAUGUGCGCAACGAGUUUAGCAACUUCUUUCAAUUCAAGGCUGGCUACCUGCUCAGCGAGAUAUUCAGUCCGUUUGUGACGCCGUUUGUGCUCAUCUUUGUCUUCCGGCCCAAGGCCAUGGAGAUUGUCAAGUUCUUCCGCAGUUUUACAGUUUCUGUGCGUGGUGUGGGCAAUGUCUGUUCAUUUGCCCAAAUGGAUGUGCGCAAACAUGGAAAUCCGGACUGGCAACUCAACAACAGCGAUUUGCCCGAUGUGGCCAAUGAACCAGCGCAGCAUUUGCCGCCUCAUCAUUAUGCUCAGCAACAACAGCAGCAGCAGAGCAUGAUUGGUGGCAAGACUGAAAUGUCGCUGGUGCGUUUCACACUCAACAAUCCCGAGUGGCAAAUGCCCAAGGAGGCUUCGCAAUUCAUCAAAGGCAUACGCGAGCAUGCCAUCGAUGAGCUGGUCAAGGCCAAGACGGCAUCGCAGCCGGCUGCCCGUGAGAAUCCGCUCACGCACAGCCUGAUCUCAUUUGGCACCAUUGGCGAGGAGUACUGCUCCAUUGCCAACUCCGUGCUGGCUGCCGAUCUGAGCCCCGAGCAGCUGCAGAUCUCGCAGUCCAUCACAGCGAGUCGCGCUGGUGCUGGAGUGGGAGUCGGUGGUGCCCAUGCCAUGGGCGCUGGCUAUGUGGCCGGCAGCGAUUUCGGAAUGCUGCAGAUGCUGCAGCAGAAUCUGGGCGAACCGAUGAGCAGCACCAGCAUGCGCCCUGGCCUCAUGUCCAGCAGCGUGGGACCAGCCGUAGCCAUGGACAGCAUGCGGCGACUGCGAUUGAGCAAGGCCGAGGGCCGCAUUGAGGGGCCGACAGACACGUUGCUCUAUAGCCUGUAUGGCGGGGAUCCGCUGCUGUCGAAGAAUCGCAUUGGUGUCACCGUGGCCGACAUGUGCCUUAGUGCUCUCUAUCUGCACGAAGUGAGCCAGCAGAAGCGCUUGGCGCGUCAAUCGCGCAUCGACGAAGCGGACGAGCAGCCGGGACCAAGCAAUAGGCCGUCACGUCCGCCGGGUCCAUCCGGAUUGGGUUUGGGUUCGGGAUCGGGUUCAGGAUCUCGUCAUACCGUGAUUACCUCAAAGGCUGCCGAGAGCACUCCACUUCUGGGCAACAUACGUUCAUAGCAGCGGCCCGUUUGGAUCUAAUAAUCAUAGCGUUUAAGGACAAAAAAAAAAACAAACAAA